UAUAAAGAGUCAAAGUAUCUCUCAUACUACUCUGCAGACUUGGAAAUUCAAGAAAGCCAGAAAUGUUUUCAUCCACACAAAAAACAUAGAGAACCCAAAGAGGUAUUUUUACUCCCCCAGACCUGUAGCCUAUGGCUAAAGAUGGAGUAUGGGACGUUACCGUGAAGCUUCCAGGUUAGCGGUAAACACAAGAAAAGAAAAAUGUCGUAUGAUAAAACACAAGUCAAAUAGUGCAGCACACACAACGUUUCCAUUUUAGAAGAACCGAUUCUAGACCAGCAGCUUACCGAAAGUGCAGGAGCUCAGCUUGCGUUGCUAGGUGACGGCUAGGGUAGGCUGGGGUUGCUAGGUAACAGCGCAGUGCCCGUCAAAUUUUUUUAACGGCUCAUUUUUCAAAGCGCAUUCAAAGAUUCAAGGACUUUUGCUUGUUAGUGGCACGAAAUUCGGACUCAGGUCCCACAUCAAGAAGGCCAAUACAUAAAAAAUAGAUUAUUUUAUUAUUCAAAGAGACACAAAUGGAAGUAUAAAAAUGUGUAAAUUGUGAAUUUUGCAUAAUAGGUGGCUGUUUAACACAAGUUGUUUCCUUUAAGCUCAAGAGAGAGGCCAAAAAGUUGUCUGAUCAAAGUUUAAAUCUAUUAUCAAAUGUUAAUUUCUUAUUCUUUAGUCUAGCUUAAAAGUAGUUGUAUAGUACUAACAGUUAGUUUGCCUUAUUUUUGUGUUUUUAUGUAAUUAAAACUGAAAGAAAACAGGCUUUUGUAGGAUAAGCAAAAUGUGAUAAAUCUUAUUUUUCUUAAACACCCAGAAUCUUGUUGCUGCUUCAAUUUUUGAAACUGAUUAAACCUGACAUAUUUUCAUAAAAAGAAAACCCUUUCUAAAGAUAAAUCAGAGACCCAUAUAGUAAAAAAUCUCAGGAUUUCUUUAGAAAAGCCCUUUGAUUUAGAGGAAAUUGUGCUGCUCAGGUGAUACAGUCACUGCUGCUGCUCAGCGCCUUGCAUGAGUUAAAGAAACCUGCCCCUGAGUCAGAGGGGGAAAGUUUUUAAGGUCACCGCUGUAAACACAGCUCCAAGAUCACGGAGCUGAGUGAGAAAUGUGAUAAGAGCUCCACCUGGUGGCUAAUCCGUGCAUUUCUUCAACAUAACAAUUAACUUUGAGGAUGUUUUAGUUCCAGGGCUGGACAAAGAUUAUAUGGGGCCUUAAGUAGAAUUUGAAACGGGGCCCCUCGUUCUGUUAUGAAUUAAGUUGUAUUUCUGAACAAACACAAGCAAAACAGAAAAAACCCUCUCAUAAUGUUUUUUUUUGCAACUAUAUUAAAACGAUUAUAAAAUGAAGAUUGUUGUUUCCAUUUUUACCAAUAAAAUUUGCCGAUCUCUUUAAUUCUUACAUUUAAAUUUGAACCACUGUAAAAUUUUGCAUGGUAAAAAUAUGUUAAACAGCUUGUUUUUUCUGAAGAGGUUUGUUUACAUCUAAUAAUAACAACCACAAUAAAAAAUGGUGUAAGAUCAGAAAGCAGCUCUGUCACAUUAGUUCUGAUUUGUUCUUUUUGUUUAUGUUUUUGUUGGUUGAGGUGUUGCGUAUUUGGAUAAUUAUUCCCUCUUCUUUUGGAUGCUGUGCAGCUGGAAGGAUCUUUGCUCUUAAAUUUUUAUAACUUCUCCAACUAAUUAGUUACCAUCUCAAAAGCUCAAAUAAAACCUGAACUAAGCCGCCAAAUUGUAAAAGAGUUCAAGAGAGGUCAUUUAUGUAUGCAGGGAAGGACUAAAGAGCAGACAGAUAUUUAAAGAGGAGCAGCAAAAGCAAAUGAGGUGGAUUAGCAAUGUUUAUCUACAACUUACGGCGUCAUCCAGGACAUGUUAUUGUGAAAUCUUAUCUCUACUAUCUGGAAAUUGAGCGGUUAGCAUGUCAUAACAGAAAUAAGACUAUCAAAUAGAAUCAGUCUUCAGUCAGAGGUCUCUUCAGAUUCAUUGGAAGACUGACUGCUACUGGAGAGCAUUCAAAUUAAGAAUCAAAAUAAAACAUUUCUCAUACAUUUUUUUGUUUAAAAAAGGAAUUUGGCUUCCAUUGUAAUCAAGAUACAAUAACAAACGGCAAACUAUAACAUAUAACUAUAACAUUUUGGAAUUAAAUGUGGACUGAAAUGAAUCAGUUUCCUGUGAUUUUUUUCUCGCAAAUCUGUCAUAAUAUUCAAAUACAUCCACUUACUGGUAAAGAAAACACCUCAAAUUUAAAUGCCAAAUAGCUGAAGAAGGUGCUACCCACACUGGAAACUUGGGUCAUGAUUCAUUUAAGAUCUCAACUCGGUCUCUGCAGAAACCUGCUGUUUUCGCAAAGUAGCAUGUAUGAGAUUGAUUUGUUAUGGAAACAGUUGAGCAAAUUUACACAAAGCUGAACUCCACUUAUGAAGAACCAAAUACUAACAGACAAGGAGGAAAACCCACUGAAGUAAAACAGAAGUUUUAAAGUUUCCAAGUUUCCGCCUGUCAGAGCAGCCACCCCCCACUCAGCUCCUACAGACUAGCCAGCAUCUAUUAGCAAACACCUGACGGAACUGCAGCGCUCAUUAUAUGAGCCACUUCUCAGUGCAGUGGUGGUAAAAAUGUUAAAGGGUCAACAUAUGCAUAUAUAUGUAUAUGGAGCAUUUUCUUAACAAUGGAAGUUAACAAAAUUACAUGAUUGUGUGAGAAAAUGGAGCCUGGAAAACACUUUAAGUAGUUUAAAUCAAAUUUCAUCAUCAGGUCUGAGUGGCUGCUGCUCAGCUGUGACGUCCAGUGGCUUCAAAGUCUGAAUCAUCUAGAUGAAACAAAGAAAACCUGAGCUAUAAUUUUCACUUUCUUUCUUUUUCUUAUUUGUUUUUGUUUUCUAACAGCUAGACCUUCACAUUUUUUCUCCAUAAAAGUUACAUAAUCCUAUUCGAUAGUGCUUUCUCACUACCCUGUUGUACAGUCUUUAUUCACUAGGUCAUUUACAACAUUUAGAUUUCUCAGGCAUUUCCUGCUGAAGCUUUUUAGUGCAUGAACUUGCAGAUUUGUGGGAGAGGCCGGUCAUUUGGAAACCUGACAGAAAACGGACUGUCCUGUGAAACACCACCACAGGAGGAGUUAACCUGUAGCAGAGCGUGUGGUUAAUCUUCUCCUGCGUCCGGCCAGGGGCUUCAAAGUGAUCCCUCUCAGGCUUUUUCCCAGCCACUUUAUUUCCCUAAACAGAGCAGAAAACCCACUGAGGGAAUGAAAAUGUCUGUGGUGUCCAAGAAGCUGUGGUGCGUCCACAAGCAGCUGCUUCUCUGCCUCGCGCCACUUGUGUUUCUGCCUUUACUUUUUACUCUGCCGGAAAAGGAGGGAAAAUGCCUUUACGUUGUGAUACUGAUGGCUACGUUUUGGUGCACAGAGGCCUUGCCUCUGGCAGUCACAGCGAUGCUUCCAGUCUGCCUCUUCCCGACGCUGGGGAUUCUCCCGGCCAAAAAAGUCUGCCCCCAGUACUUCAUCGAGACCAACUUCCUCUUCCUCAGCGGUCUUGUGUUGGCAUCGUCGAUUGAGGAGUGGGGCCUGCAUCGUAGGAUAGCACUGAAGGUCCUUAGUAUUGUCGGAGUGAAACCCGCCUGGCUCAUCCUGGGAAUGAUGAUGACCUCAUCCUUCCUUUCCAUGUGGCUCAGCAACACCGCCACAACAGCCAUGAUGCUUCCCAUUGCAAACGCCAUCCUGGAGAGCCUGUUUGGGGACCUGGAGACCCUGAAGCAAAAGUGCAAAUUCCCAGAGGAUCGUGACAGUGCUGCAAUAAAUGGUCAAACUUCACUGAAGCUCCAUUCGCUGCCAUCAGAGCCUUCUGAAAAACAUAUGCUGUCAAUGGAUGGGAUGGAAGCUGUGGAGCCUGUAGACAUGAGGACGGCUGAGGAGAUCCAGUCAGAGUCAGAGUAUCAGCUGAAAGUGUGGAAAGGAUUCUUGAUCUGUAUUCCCUAUGCUGCCAGUAUUGGAGGUACAGCAACGCUGACAGGCACAGCACCAAACCUCAUCCUGAUUGGACAGCUCAAAAGCUACUUUCCAGACUGCGACCUUAUCAACUUUGGCUCUUGGUUUGCCUUUGCCUUCCCCCUGAUGCUUCUCUUUCUGUUUUUGGGAUGGAUUUGGAUCUCUUUUCUCUACGGCGGACUGAAUACAAGGUUAUGUUUCACGAAACACGACCACAGGGCCCAGGCAGAAGCCAGAGCCAAAGCUCUAAUUAAAGAAGAUUACAGAAAACUGGGGCCCAUAAACUUUGCAGAAGGGGCCAUCUCUUUCUUUUUUAUUUUAUUCGCUGUUCUUCUGUUCACAAGAGAUCCUAAAUUUGUUACUGGCUGGUCUGUGUUUUUCAAAAAAGGGUAUGUCUCAGAUGCUGUCACUGGUGUCAUCAUUGUGUCCAUUUUGUUCUUCUUCCCAUCACAAAAACCCUCUCUGAGUUGGUGGUUUGACCCAAAAGCUGUAAACACUCCAUACGUCCCUCUGCUUUCAUGGAAAAAGGCCCAGGACUCUGUUCCCUGGAACAUUAUCCUCUUGCUUGGAGGCGGCUUUGCAAUGGCCAAAGCUUGUGAGGAGUCCGGCCUUGCGUCCUGGAUCGGAGGUCACCUCCAGCCCUUGGCUGAAGUUCCCCCAGCUGUAGCUGUGAUGUUAAUCACUGCUUUCCUGGCUUGUUUCACUGAGUUUGCCAGCAACACAGCAACUAUUAUUAUAUUUCUGCCUGUCAUUGCUGAACUGGCCAUUCGUGUCUCUGUCAACCCUUUGUACUUCAUGAUUCCUGCCACUGUGGGAUGUUCAUACGCCUUCAUGCUUCCUGUUUCCACUCCACCCAACUCCAUCGCCUUUGCAUCCGGACAUCUCAUGGUCAAAGACAUGGUGAAAACCGGCUUUGUCAUGAACAUCCUGGGGAUCCUCUCUGUGUCUCUGGCUAUGAACACGUGGGGCGUCGCCAUGUUUAACUUGAGCUCCUACCCAAAAUGGGCUCACACCGCCAACACUACUGCUGCCACUGCAAAUGUUCACUUCCCAUCCAUGAGGUCAACCAACGCCACGCUCUGAGGAUGUAAAUGCAGACUGUAUAUAGAUUUAAAAACUAAAACUAUACGUGGACGCGUCUGUUUUUAAAUGUGCUAAAACACCACAAAGCUCUGUUACUGCUGCUCCUGGCUCUUCUGCCUUUAGGAAGCUCGUUGUAAUUAUUGCUUCAUACUUUAAUGUUCACUUUGGCUUUAAGAUUUGUGAAUAUGCUGUGGAAAAAAAAAUGCUGAAUUAUCAUACACUAACUGGGCCAGAAGUACCAGAUGCCGUCAGAUUUAGGCCAUUCAGAAUUUCAGUAACAUCUAAUUCUUAAUCCAUUGAGUUUAAUAUGAUGUCGGCACCCUUUUACAGCCUAAACAGCUUCAGCUCUUCUGGUUUUGGACUUUUUUUUUUUUUUUUUUACAGAAACCCAUUUGUGAGGUCAGACACUGAUGUUGGACAAGAAGCCCUCGCUCUCAGUUUCUUCUCCAAUUCCUCCUAAAAGUGUUUUAGUGGGUUUAGGUCAGGAUCUGUGCAGACCUGUCAAGUUCUUGCAGAUAAAAUAUUCUUAAUAGACCUUUGUACAUUGUUACCAAGUCAAAUUAGAACAGGAAGUAUCUUGACUUCCUGAAGCCUUAAACGUUGCAUUUACUGGAGUUAAAAGACUGAGUCUAACUUCCAAAAAGCAAAAACACAAAAGUAUACCAAGUAUUUUUGGUCUACUUUCUAGUGCAAAUAUCUUGGUACACUUCAAAUAAGACAAAACAAACUUACAAAUAACUUUUUUCAGUAACUGACUUAAAACUGACUGUUUUAAGUCAGUUAUUCCUUAGUAUUAAUAAAACUGGCAAAUAAUUUGCCAGUGGAGCAAACUGUUUGUUUUAUUGACAUACAGUGUCCGGAUGGUUAGUCAACAAAAAAAAAAGUUGUUUUUUCCAGCAGGAAAAAGUUGGUUUUCCAACCAACUGGAAGUCCAGGACCAAUACUUCUGGACUUCUGGAAGUCCAGAAGUCCUGGAGUUCCGCUCAGGUUGCUAGGGGACAGGCUGGGCUUGGCUGGAGUUGCUAGGCAACGGAGGAGUGCCCAUUGAUUGUGACUUAAAAAUCGGGAAGUUUUUGAAACAGCUAAUUUUCUUUACACCAGAAAGACAUUAACUUAUUGCCAAAAUAUUGUUUAGUUUAGCUGUUUUUAGAAGCAGUAGAAACGCAAAAGGAAGCAUAAAAACCUGCUAAAUGUGAAUUUUAAUAAUUGAUCCCCUUUAGCACUCCAAACAUGGCAGAAAUAUCUCAGAACAUUAUCUUUAGAGCCAUCCCAAUAAUCGACACAACCUUAAAAUUGUCGGAAGGAGAUGAUCGGGUCAAACAUCGUCAUAAUUAGCUUGCUGUGUUAACUGGUGCUCGGAGGUCUGUAGCUAAUUUCUCUUUCAUUAUUCACCUCCUGCCACUUUAUCUGUACAUUAAGCCAUUUUUCUUCAUAUACACAUUUGAUCAUAGACCCAACAGACAACAAAUAAAUAACAAAAUUAGAAAAAUCACAGAAAAUGUGGCAUCAAAACUGGAUAAUAGCACCAAAAGCUACAUGUCUUAAUCACUUCUACUUGGUUAUAAUGGUUGCAACACCUGAGGGAAUAAUUUUGAGGGAGGACCCAAUACACUUUCCAAUACUAUACUUUAAAUAGUACUUAAAGUAUACUAUUUACUAUAUAGUAAAUAAAUGCUGUUAUUCUGUUUUAAUUCUGUUUUAUAGAGGGUGCCGUUUGUAUUUCUUACUACAAGGUGAGUCAAAAAGAAGAGAAACAUCUGUGAAUAACUUUUAUAAUACAUGUAUCACUGAAAUUCAAAAAGAGAUCAUGUUGGUGAAUCCUUCUGCAUACAUUUCACUUCCAGUAAUUAAAACCUUCCCCAACUAUA